AUGACUGAGCCCAGUCGACCUCUGAAAGUCCUUAUCGCGGGGGCGGGCAUCGCGGGGCUGGCGACUGCUGUGGCUCUAGAGCGUGUCUCUUCUAUUGCGAACUUGAACGUGCAGCUCUACGAGCAGGCGCCUGAGCUUUUAGAAAUUGGAGCGAGUAUUGCAUUGAGCCCGAAUGGCAUGCGCACAUUGGAGAAACUCGGUAUACAUAGUGCACUGAGCGAUGAAACCGGGUUUCGUGGCCCAAGUGGCAUUCCUCAAAUCUUUCGACACUGGAGGACAAACCAGGUGAUCUCUGUGGAUACCCACAGCAACGUACCAGAUAGUCGCCACCAUACUACGCGCUUCCACCGAGGUCACCUGCAUUCGGCGCUACUUGAGCAUGUCCCUCGCGAAUCGAUACAUCUGGGAAAGAGACUUACACGUGCAGAAGCCGGUAAUAAUGGUGUCGCGCUCUACUUCGACGACGGCAGCAGUGCGCAUGGGGAUAUCCUCAUCGGGGCAGAUGGGCUUAAAUCAAAAGUCCGUCAAUCCUUCAUCCCGGAGUACAAGCUUCGCUUCAGCGGCAAGGUGUUUAUGAGGUCCACGUUCGAUGCGUCGUUGGUGGAAGGGAAGAUCCCAGAUUUACCGGCUGAUUCGAUGCAUUGGUGGGGACCAAACGAUAACUUCUUCGCGUCAAGACUUGGUAAGAACCAGUAUACCACCGUCGGCGCAUACAGUGACCCGCGCACUUCUGAGGAGGUCGAACAAACGGUCGGGUGGGAUCAGCAAGGCGAUGUGAACUUUCUGCGUGAGCGAUACAAGAACUGGAACCCCGUCGUAAAAGCCUUAACCGGAGCGACGCCAUCCACAAACCUCUACCCGAACUUUGCCGGCGACGCUCUGCAGACAUGGGUCUUCGGCUCGCGGGUAACUCUGGUCGGAGAUGCUGCACAUGCCCAUGGUGGUGCAUUUGCCGCUGGCGGAUCGCUUGCACUCGAUGAUGCGUUUGCGCUUGCUCUUGCAUUCGGACAUGUAGGGGACCUAUCAAUGGCAAAUAAUAUUCAGGAGGCACUGCGGCUGUAUGAGAGGACGCGACAGCCUCAUACGAACCGUUUACUGCAGAUUGUGCAUGGGCAGUUGGAUACGAACAAGAGGGCGGCGCCUGCAAAAUCUGAGCAAGAGGAGGAUGCGAGGCUGCUUGAGAGAAUGAGGAAUCGGCCGGAUACGGAGUGGUUGUCGGAACAUGAUGUUGAGGCUGAGUUCAACAGGGCAUCGCAAGAGUUUGACGAAGAGAAGAGAACCUUAGUUUCUGUCGAGUCGAGUGCAGGGACACGAGCAGACACGGCCCCCCUACAGCCCCCGGCAAGCAAGCUAUAA